AUGGCAGAGCUAGGAGUGUUUGCUGCAAGGAGACAAGAAGAUACAACCAGAGAAUCAGGCUUUGCCUACACCAACAGCAAUCAUACCAAAGAUCCUUUUGAGGGCCCCAACUACCACAUUGCUCCAAGAUGGGUGUACAACAUCUCAACACUCUGGAUGCUCUUUGUGGUCGUCGCCUCAACCUUCACCAACGGCCUGGUACUGGUGGCCACUGCCAAAUUCAAGAAGCUCCAACAUCCUCUCAACUGGAUCCUGGUCAACCUGGCGUUUGCCGACAUUGCGGAGACUCUUUUGGCGAGCACCAUCAGCGUUUGCAACCAGAUGUUUGGCUACUUUAUUCUUGGACACCCAAUGUGUGUCUUUGAGGGAUUCACCGUCGCCACAUGUGGUAUUGCUGGUCUGUGGUCUCUGGCUGUUAUCUCCUGGGAGAGAUGGGUGGUGGUGUGUAAGCCCUUUGGAAAUGUCAAGUUUGAUGCUAAAUGGGCCAUGGGAGGUAUAAUCUUCUCCUGGGUCUGGUCUGCUUUCUGGUGUGCCCCUCCUAUCUUCGGCUGGAGCAGGUACUGGCCUCAUGGACUGAAAACGUCCUGUGGACCUGAUGUGUUCGGAGGUAAUGAGGAUCCUGGAGUCCUGUCGUACAUGAUCGUUCUCAUGAUUACAUGUUGCUUCCUGCCCCUGGGAGUGAUCGUCUUCUGCUACCUGUUUGUGUGGCUGGCCAUCCGUGCCGUAGCCGCGCAGCAGAAAGACUCGGAGUCGACGCAGAAGGCUGAGAAGGAAGUAUCCAGGAUGGUUGUUGUCAUGAUUUUUGCUUACUGUGUAUGCUGGGGACCUUACACAGCCUUUGCCUGCUUUGCUGCGGCUAACCCUGGGUAUGCUUUCCACCCUCUGGCUGCUGCUCUGCCUGCCUACUUUGCCAAAAGCGCCACCAUCUGGAAUCCAGUGAUCUAUGUCUUCAUGAAUAAACAGUUCCGUACGUGCAUCAUGCAGCUCUUUGGCAAGGAAGAAGACGAUGGCUCGGAGGUGUCUACAUCAAAAACAGAAGUUUCCACCGUGGCACCUUCAUAAACCCCCAGACAACGUUGUACCUCUUGGAAACAAAUGAUGAACGUUCUGAGAUAUUCCACAUGGGACUUUUUCAAAUGUACAGUACAUCAUCUUUUUUGUUUUGUUUCUUAAACAAAUUUCCAGGAGAAUAUUAAGCUUUACGUCAUACAGUUGUAAUGUGUUUUAAAAAACAUUGCUAUGAAUCCCCCCAAGGAGUUUUUAUAAUCCAUGGCCUUCAUAAUAACCAGAGAGUCGUGUGUUGAUAUGCGUACUGUAGCUGUUGCAGUGGCACAUUGUGGGAAUAGGUACAGUCCUAUCAAUGUCUGUUGAAGUGACCCCCCCCCCCCAAAAAAAGUGGCCAUCUUGGACUGC